AUGGUAAGAUAUGGCGAUAAUCUAAUCAAACCCGAUAUUGAUAAUAAUAAUAAUAAUAAUAAUAAUAAUAAUAAUAAUAAUAAUAAUAAUAAUAAUAAUAAUAAUAAUAAUAAUAAUAAUAAUAAUAAUAAUAAUAAUAAUAAUAAUAAUAAUAUUAGUGGUCUAAAUGUAGAAAAUGAAUUAUUAUUAGCCACUAUUAUCCAAAAUAUGUUUGGUCCAAAUUCUUUAAAUAACAAUAAUAAUAAUAAUAAUAAUAAUAACAACAAUAACAAUAUUAAUAAUAAUAGUAAUAACAAUAAUAGGAAUAAUUUUGGUAGUUUAACUCCUCCACCAGAAUUAUUAAGUGACGAUAAUAAUGGUAAACUUAAAUUAAAAUCAUUUUCAGAUUAUUUGUGGGGAACCAAUAAAGAUUUAAUAUAUGGUAGAGAUUUAAAAAAAAUAUUAACUAAAUAUGUUUGGUUAAGACAUGCCGUUUAUUCUCUAUUAAAAGGUAGACCAGUUGUAAUUUUAGGUUCACAAGAUAAGGAACAAUUAAUUAUUUCAAUGACAUAUGCACUUAGUAUUUUUGUAGUUGGUCUAACUACAAAGUCAAAGAUGAUUGCAUUUGAUCCAUGGAAAAGUUCACUUUCAGAUCUUUCCUCAUUGAAAUUAAUUGGUAUGCCUAAAGUAUUAUCAAAAUCUCCAUUAAUCCCAAUUAAUGUUGCUAAUUAUGUUUCUAAAAUUGAUUUAGAUACAGAAGAGUAUCAUGGUGUAUUAUAUUGUCAAGCAAAUGGUUUAGUGGAUGAAAUUUUAGGUCAAAAGAAAUAUUUCAAUCGCACCACUACCACCAAUCUCAAUACUUUAAACGAAUCAUUUGAAUUUCCUUUACCAACAGCCACAUUAGCUUCUUCUUUGUCGCCAUCAUCAUCACUAUCAACACCAUUAACGCCACCAAUAUCACAAUCAACACCAUCAACACCAUCAAUACCAACUCCAUCAAUACCAACAUCAUCAAAAACAUUAAUACCAUUAAUACCAUUAAUACCAUCAAUACCAUCAAUACCAUUAAUACCAACACCAUUAACGCCACCAAUAUCACCAUCAACACCAUCAAUACCAACACCAUCAAUACCAACGCUACCACUAUCAACUCCAUCAAUACCAACACCAUCAAUAUCAACACCAUCAAUACCAACACCAUCAAUACCAACACCAUCAAUACCAACGCUACCACUAUCAAAACCACCAUCAAAACCACCAUCAAAACCACUAUCAACACCACCAUCAAAACCACUACCAACACCACCACCACCAUCAAAACCAAAACCAUACACUCCAACUAAUAAUAAUAAUAAUAAUAAUAAUAAUAAUAAUAAUAAUAAUAAUAAUAUUUUUUAUUCUUAUAUUCUAUUAGUUAAAAUAAAAUUUCAAUCUUAUAAUCGAAUAAAAAAUGAAAUUGAAGAUGUCACCAAUAUUAUAAAUUAUUCAAUAGUUAAAAUGAGAAAGAAAAAGAAAAUCAUUCAAUUAUUAAUUUCAUGUGAAAAUGAGAAAGAUAAAAAUCAAAUGGUGUCAGAAUUUAAAAGAAAAGGGUAUAAUACAAUUGACCCAAUAGUGGAUGAAAAUGUUAAAAUAAUAUAUGGUACUAGUGGUCAAGUUAAUAUUGAAGAUAUUUCAGGUUUACUCGAAUUUAAUGAUGAUAGUAAUAUAUUUGUAUUUGGUGUUUGUGAUACUAAAUUAUUUAUGGGUAUACUCUUAAUCGAUGAAAAAGAGUAUAAAGGAAAUCUUAAAGAUUUUAUUGGUUCAAAACCUAAUAAUAAUAAUAAAAUAUUUCAAAAUCAAAUUAAUUUAUUUUUUAAUGAUUGUGAUUUCAAUGUUUACUCAUUAAAACCAACUGGUGUUGAUGAUAGUGAAGAUGAUGGUAGUAGUGGUGAUGAAAGAGAUGAUUAUGGUAGUGAAGUACUUUAA